AUGAAGGCUUGGUUGAUAUCUCUCUGGGCUUUGGCCUCCACUGCGGUCGCGGACCAGUGUCACUGUCUGCCCGGUGACGGCUGUUGGCCCUCCACCUCGGCGUGGUCUGCCCUCAACAGCACCAUCGGCGGUCGUCUGGUCGCUACUGUGCCCAUUGGUACUCCCUGCCAUGCCCCGACCUAUGAUGCGGCGGCCUGUGCGGCCCUCAAGACCAACUGGACUCUGCCCCAGACGCACCUGGAGUCCUCCUCGUCGGUCAUGCAGACCUUCUUCGCGAACCAGAGCUGUGAUCCCUGGACUGCUACCUCCCGCCCUUGUGAACUCGGCAACUAUGUCGACUACGCCGUCAACGUCUCCUCCGCGACUGACGUCGUGGCCGCUGUCAAGUUCGCCCGCAAGAACAACAUCCGUUUCGUCAUCCGCAACACUGGCCAUGAUUACCUCGGCCGUUCAACCGGUGCCGGUGCUCUUUCGGUCUGGACCCACCACAUGACCGAUAUUGAGUACAAGGACUGGUCCAGCGAGACCUACGAGGGUCCUGCCUUCAAGGUCGGUGCCGGUGUCGUCGGUUACCAGAUCCUCACUGCUGCGCAUGCCAAGGGCCACGUCGUCGUCACCGGCGAGUGCCCUACCGUCGGUCUGGCCGGUGGCUACACCCAGGGUGGUGGCCACUCCGCUCUGAGCACCGAGUUUGGUCUCGGUGCCGAUAACACUCUGGAAUUCGAGGUUGUCACUGCCAAUGGCACUGUCGUUACGGCCUCGCGCACGGAGAACUCCGACCUCUUCUGGGCUCUCAGCGGUGGUGGUGCCGGUAACUAUGCCGUCGUCCUCUCCAUGACCGUCAAGGCUCACGCCGAUGCCACCAUCGCCGGUGCCAUGGUCGAGUUCACUGCUGCCAACAUCUCCACCGAUACCUUCUUCCAGGCUGUCUCGGAGUUCCACUCGCUCCUGCCUGCCAUGAUUGACUCUGGUGCCACCGUCAUCUACCAGAUGACCGACGCCAUCUUCCUCAUCGACCCCUUCACUGCCUACAACCAGACCAAGGAAGACGUCCAGAAGACCCUCACCCCCUUCUUGAACGCCCUGACGGCCCUCAACAUCACCUACUCCGCCACCUACACCCAGUUCGACUCGUACUACGAGCACUACAACACCUACAUGGGUCCCCUGCCCUACGGCAACCUUGGUGUCUCCGAGUACCAGUAUGGUGGUCGUCUGAUCCCUCGCGAGACCUUGACCCAAAACGCCACUGCCAUGGCCGCUGCCCUCCGCACCAUCACCUCGCAGGGCGUCAUCGCCGUCGGCGUCGGCAUGGAUGUCUCCAACCCAACCAACGUCUCCAACGCCGUCUUCCCGGCUCUCCGCAACGCCGCCGUCACCAUGCAGAUCGGCUCCGCUUGGAACGAGACCGCCCCCUGGAGCAAGAUGAUCGAUAACCAAUGGAAGAUGACUGACAAGUACAUGCCCCAGCUCGAGGCUGUCACUCCCCACUCUGGCGCUUACCAAAACGAGGCCAACUUCCGCCAGCCUAACUGGAAGCAGGUCUUCUUCGGAAGCAACUACAAGCGUCUGCUCGAUGUCAAGCGUCGCUGGGAUCCUACUUCCUUCUUCUAUGCUCUCAAGGCCGUCGGCUCCGAUGCUUGGAAUGUUGAGAAUUCUGGCCGUAUGUGCCGUGCUCACUAA